AGCUGUUACCGCCCCUACCCAGCCACGAAAGGAAGUUACGACAGUUGGUUCUGGCUGCAGUUUGGAAGUGGAUAGGAUCAGGGUUAGGGUUGAAGAUGAGUUUCGUACCGCCACAGCCUGUCUAUAACCCGCCAAUCCCUUACACUGGGCCCAUUCCCGGAGGCCUGCAGGAUGGGAUGAUGAUCAUGAUCAGAGGGCGAGUGCUUCCUCAGAGUGACAGAUUUCACGUGAAUCUUCAGUGUGGCUCAAUACCGUAUCACUGUGACGUUGCCUUUCACUUCAACCCACGCUAUGAGAACCCAGGCUACGUGGUCUGCAAUUCUUACAAGGACCAGCGGUGGUGCACAGAGCAGAGGAAACAUGAAAUGCCAGUCCAGAGAGGAGAAUCUUUCCAACUUCUCAUACUUGUCCAGAUAGAUUGUUACAAGGUGGCAGUGAACGAUAAACAUUUCCUAGAAUUUAAGCACCGGAUCCCAAUCUCCAGGGUGGACAGCAUUACUAUCGAUGGCCAAGUCGAGAUUGUCUCCAUCAGCUUCAUGAACAGCAAUGCUGGUCCCAUGUUUGCUCCCCCUGCCUUUGCCAAUCCGGCUUGUUCCAUGUUCCCCGCCCCACACCCGGCCAAUCCGGCUGGUCCCAUGUUUGCUCCCCCUGCCUGUCCUAACCGGGCUGGCUCCAUGAGCGCUCCCCCUGCCUUUGCCAACCCGGCUGGUUGCAUGUUUGCCCCACCUGCCUUUUCCAAUUUGCAUGGUUUCUUGCAGCAAGUUCCUUACAAGGCCCCGAUCCCUGGAGGAUUCUUUGUCUCAAGAUCUAUUGUCAUUCGGGGAACUGUCGCACCGAACUGUGGCAGUUUUUCCAUUAACCUAAAGCCAAGCACUUCUCCUGACAUUGCGUUCCACAUCAGUCCGCGAUUCUGCACUGAAAAGGUCAUUGUGCGAAACAGCUACAUGCGAAAUUCCUGGGGCAAGGAAGAGAGGAGUUUGGAUUUAAAUCCAUUUUCUCUUGGACAGCCAUUUGAGAUCACCAUUCUGUGCGAGCAACCUUUCUUCAGGGUGAAUGUCAACAAUCGUCAUGCUUUUGAUUUCAACCAUCGUUACCAACCGAUCCAGCAGAUCAACGAACUGCAAAUUGAAGGGGAUGUGACUCUCUCCAACGUUUGUAUUUAAAACUCAGCCUCCAAAACCCGCUGAACAUUCAGUGUCUGUCAGAUCCCACUUGUGUUUGCAGUGGGGAGUGAUGGAGGAAGGGAGGGUAGGAGUUGGUUAUAUAAUUCCAGUGAAACUCUGAACUGUCCUACUUUCUGCAGUGUUUCGCAGCAUGGGAUCAUUUAACCGAGAAAGCUUAGCAAGAUUUCCACAUUGAUUGAUGCAUGUGCUAAAAGCUUUUGUUUGAAUCACUUUUUCCUAUCACAUUUAUUAUUAACCCCUCCCUCUAAAGUUAAAAAUUAUGUAAAGUAAUUACUAUUUUAUAAAACCUACCUUUUCUUGUCCUUAGUUAAAUUCUUUCAAAUGAGAAAAGGUAAACCAUAUGUUUCAAUAAUUGGUGAGGUUUGAUAUUUCAAGAUUUUGUGUUUGUUAGUUACAUGAACAAAUCAUUCCUCAUGGAGAUGAAUUAUUCUUAAAUUCACCCUUUGCUGAGUGAGAACUGAUCCGCACUCUUGGAUUCACUGUUGCAAGUCUAAUUACCCACUCUCUCCUUCCAGCCUUGCCUUUGGUUACAUCUCCCUGAGAUUGUCACACUAUCUGUCUUUUGCAUGUCACCGUUUUAUUUGUAACAUUCUAGUAUGUUUCAAAUUCUCGAUGUAUUCCUUGUUCUUACUCCCAGUAACUGGUGCAGACUUUGAGAUGAGACUAAUAUGAUAUACCACUGAAUUCUGUUACAGUAAUAAAUCUUCUGAGAAAAGCCA